AUGAAAUGUGAUAGGAUCGGCCAUGGAUCUUCGGGUACGGAGAUUUGGUGGGGACCACGGAGAAAGUUAACGUGCCAUUCCACAUUGGCGGACAUUCUAGGAGAUCGCCUAUGGGCUUGGGCGCUUGAAUUCUUUGAUUUUGGAAGAUUAGAAAUACAGCCCAAGACGCAACGUUACGGCAUGCAAUUUUGCCAAGAUGAAAGAACCGUGGUUGUGGGAUUUAUGACAGCUCGUCAAGAUAAGAUUUUGGUCGUUGAUGGUGUAUGA